CACUCACGCAUGCAUUGCCUCCAAUUCCGCUUGACCGCCCUCUCUCUCUCAUAUCCAUAAUUCCUACAAUCGCAAAUUCAUACAAAGCGGUUUCUGCUGUGCAAUCUCAUUAGAGUUCUGAGACUUCGAACAUAAGAAGCAUAGGGGGACAGUCAAUAUUUUUCAAAGUGAGCUUCAUAAAUAAUUGUCUCUGCGCUUGUAUAAGGAGAUGUAUGCAGUACAUCGUUUGUCCUUGUUGGUGAAAGAAAAAGAAUUGUUUUUUCAUGAUUGGAGCUUCUGUAGUCUUCAAAAAUAAGAAGCUUAGGUUUUGAUUGCAUUGUCCUUGCUUAGAUUGUAGUAGUCGCCUUAACUAGUCCCAUGUGGCAUAAGCAGAUGCAAUCUAUAUGCAGAAUGUUGUAGGUUUUCAGCUUCAGCAAGCUCUAAAUAUUUUGUGGAAUCAAGUCCAAAAGAUUUUUGUGAGCUACAUAAAAGAUAGCUAAAACGGGGUCGCUUUGUUGUGUGGCUGCCAGGCCACAUGAAUCCAAUGCAGCCAGCAGGGAGUUGUCAAUGGGGACACACGAGCCUUACUGGCAAACUAAUUCAAGCUUCUCACCUCCCCCAAGGUGGGAUUUCCGGUUCCAAAAUGAAGGGCUAUCAUUUGGUUCUCAUGAAGGCAUUCAAUUGUAUGGUUCUUCGACAUCGUCAAAUAGUAGAGAAAGUAGGAGCUGGAUGAGAGGAAACCAUUCUUCCGGUCACCAAUAUGUGACAUCUGAUGCUGUUGGGCCAUACUUCAGUAGUCCUUCUGACAUUUCUCCAGCCCCGCAGUGGACUCAGCCCACCAUACAUGACAUCAGUGUUGAUGAUUAUGGAACUUCAAGGAGAGCUGAUUGCCUGAUGAAUUACAAGUUUUGCUUAAGUUGUGAGAGGUCUCAAUGGAAUGCGGUGGUGCUUCAAUCUUGUUGCUCUGGAAUACCUGCAG